AUGUCAUUUCGCAUCAAGAUACCCAAACCAGGUUCGGUAAACCCGUCUCAGGUCGUGGAGCGCCCGGGGUCGUCCAAGCCUUCCAAACGUCGUAUAGAGUCGGACGACGAGCAACGUUCGGAUGAUGAGGCAGGAGACUCUGUGCCACCGAGGUGCGAGCGCAGAAGCCAUGGUCGAUUCGGACGAGGGGGAGUGUCGGAGAUCGAUGUGGAGGGCGACGAAGACGUCGACAUUGACGAUGACGAGAAGGAUCCGCCUUCACCUCUUGCAGCCAUAUCCCCGUCCCCUUCUCUUUCGCCCUCGCCUCCUUCUCCGGUCAGGCCGCCGAACCGAACACCACAGCCUCCUGCCAAAGUCAAGACAUCGCGACCGGCUACUUCGUCCUCCAGCAAGUCGAGUAGGAAGGUGAAGCGCACGGUGGUAUGGACCGAUGACGAAGAUGAGGAGCAGCAUGACCCAAUGGGCCUGCUCGCGGUGGAUCCGGAUGACGAUGAUUUCACUCCGGAGCCUGCGCCGCCCUCGCUGAAGAGGGCCGCUGUCACGACGAAAAGUAAGGGCAGCACAGUUAGCCAAGCCGCCAAGGUAUCACGGACGAAACGCAAGGAAGAAGGGAAAGACAUGCAUAUCCGGGAUGAGCGCAAG